CCAAGAAGUCCAACAAAAAUAUCCUUAAAAUAAGAAAAAAUGAACACACUUGGCUAUUAAAUGGGAACCCCAAUCCCAAGAUCCCAUCAUCUUCUUCGUCAAGCCUCGAAAGAAGAUGGAGAGAGAAGACAAGAAGUCUCUAACUUCAGCUUUGAUUCAGAUAACGCCAGAAAACGAUGAUUUCACUCUACAACAAGCAGUGAGCAGCAAGGGAAUUAAUGAAGUUAGAAGAAAGAAAAUAUGGGAUGAAGUGAAGAAACAAGUAUGGCUGGCAGGUCCUCUCAUAGGGGUGAGCCUAUUCCAGUACUGUAUACAGAUGAUAUCAGUGAUGUUGGUUGGACAUGCUGGGGAGCUAGCUCUCGCUGGUGCUUCAAUGGGUACUUCCUUUGCUUCUGUUACAGGUUUCAGUUUGCUGUUGGGAAUGGCAACGGCCCUGGAUACCCUUUGCGGACAAUCGUAUGGGGCAAAACAGUAUUCAAUGCUGGGCAUUCACAUGCAAAGAGCAAUGCUCAUUCUUGUAAUCGUCAGCAUACCCCUUGCCUUUAUAUGGAUAAACACUACACCCAUUCUACUUUUUUUCGGCCAAGAUCAUGAAAUAUCCAUGGCAGCUGGAGAGUAUGCUUGUUUUAUGGUUCCCAGUCUAUUUGCAUAUGGUCUCCUUCAAUGUCUAGUCAAGUUCUUACAAACUCAAAAUAUCGUAUUCCCAAUGAUGAUAUGCUCUGGAAUCACAACUUUCCUUCACAUUCUCAUCUGUUGGGUCAUGGUUUUCAAAUCUGGGCUUGGGUUUAGAGGAGCAGCCUUGGCCAAUUCAAUCUCCAACUGGUUCAAUGUCUUGUUGUUGGUGUUGUACGUUAAGUUGUCUCCUUCAUGUGCUAAGACAUGGACAGGAUUUUCAAAGGAGGCCUUUCACAAUAUUUUCACUUUCCUUCGUCUUGCUAUUCCAUCGGCUAUUAUGGUCUGCUUAGAGAUGUGGUCCUUUGAAAUGAUGGUUCUACUAUCAGGUCUUCUUCCUAAUCCAAAGUUACAAACUUCAGCACUCUCUAUUUGCCUUAACACUGCUGCCACGGUUUGGAUGAUACCCUUUGGACUCAGUGGUGCAGUAAGCACUCGAGUCUCGAAUGAACUAGGAGCAGGGAAUCCGGAAGCAGCACGUUUAGCUGUAAAUGUUGUCAUAGUAAUGGCCAUCUUCGAGGCCCUUUUGGUGGGAUCCAUCUUGAUGUUGAUUCGAAACAUUUUGGGCUAUGCUUAUAGCAAUGAAGUCGAAGUGGUUAAAUACGUAGCAGCUUUGUUACCAUUAGUAGCAACUUCAAACCUUUUAGAUUCUCUUCAGUGUGUUCUCUCAGGCAAUGCUAGAGGCUGUGGGUGGCAGAAGAUUGGAGCAUAUAUUAAUUUGGGAUCUUACUAUAUAGUUGGGAUUCCAUGUGCUGUUUUGUUAGCUUUUGUACUCAAUGUUGGUGGAAAGGGGCUAUGGCUUGGGAUCAUCUGUGCACUUGCAGUUCAAGUUACAAGUCUUAGUAUUGUUACCAUUCGAACAAACUGGGAGCAAGAGGCGAGAAAAGCUACGGAGAGAGUAUAUGAUUAUGCAAUUUCAGCUGAAAUUGUGACAUGAAGUUGUUAGGCGACCUUGAGAUUUCUAGUUUGAGAAAUUAGCACUUCCACGGAAGUUGAGAGACAGGAUUGAAUUGAAUAAUAGUGUUUAUUAUGAUA